AUGGCGACUCCUCUCAAACAGCCGAUUGUGUUUGAACUUGAAGGCUUCUAUAUACCUCCAGGGUUUGGCCCUUUACUGUUCUUCCUGGCUCUGUUUACCUACAUGUUGGUGUUGCUGGGCAAUGGUGUCAUAGUAUCCGUGAUUGUUAUUGACAAGAACCUGCACAGACCCAUGUUUGUAAUGGUGUGCCACCUGCUAGUCUGUGAUCUUUUGGGGUCCACAGCUGUGCUGCCUGGUCUCAUGAUGCACUUCUUGAUGGGGCAGAAGAGGAUUGCAUACAUCCCAGCCAUUGCCCAGGCCUUUUCUGUGCACACAUAUGGGCUAGCAGUGCAGGCUAUUCUGGGUGUGAUGGCCUACGACAGGUACAUUGCAGUCUGUGAGCCUCUCAGGUAUCACGCUAUCAUGACCUCGGCUUGGCUGCACUCCUGCUGCGCCCUGGCCUGGUUGCUUGCUCUGCUGCCUAUUGCUGUGCUCUUCAGCUUCCACAUGAAUGUCCCAUUGUGUGGCAGAGUCAUUCUGCAUGUUUACUGCAGCAACCGGGGUAUCCUAGGCCUGGCCUGCAUUCCCACCCCUGCCAGUGACAUCUAUGGUCUGGCCAUGACCUGGACUGUGAGUACAGGGAUCUUCCUUAUCAUUGCUUUUUCCUACAUCAGGAUCCUGCAAGUAUCUCUAAAACACAGCAUCGACACCAGCAUCCGCAGCAAGGCCUUUCAAACCUGUGCUUCUCACCUCGUCGUGUACGUGCUCUACCAAAUAGCCUCAGUGAUCAUAAUUGUGAGUUACAGGUUUCCUUCAGUGUCUGAAAACCUAAAGAAAUUCUUUAGCAUUCUGUUCAUCAUCGUUCCACCAGCCAUCAACCCCAUUAUCUACGGACUGGUCAGUAAAGAGUUACGCAGCAGCAUCAUUAAACACUUCACAAUCUAG